UUAGUAGAGUCAGGAUUAAUCAAACAGAUUUGUGCAAAUUAAAAAAGCUGGUGCGAAGCAGAAGAGGAUGUGAUGUAAUAUAACUUCCGCCUUGUACAGACUCUUUUCGUUGAGGCUCAGCAAGCAGCCGGCCUGCCAAGAUGCAGAUCUUUGUGAAGACGUUGACGGGGAAAACCAUCACCCUUGAGGUUGAGCCCAGCGAUACUAUUGAAAAUGUCAAGGCCAAGAUCCAGGAUAAGGAAGGUAUUCCUCCUGACCAGCAGCGUCUGAUCUUCGCUGGAAAACAGCUUGAAGAUGGUCGCACCUUGUCAGACUACAACAUCCAGAAAGAGUCCACCCUGCAUCUUGUGCUGCGUCUGCGUGGAGGCAUCAUUGAGCCAUCUCUGAGACAGCUGGCCCAGAAGUACAACUGCGACAAAAUGAUCUGCCGCAAGUGCUACGCUCGCCUCCAUCCUCGUGCUGUUAACUGCCGCAAGAAGAAGUGUGGACACACCAGCAACCUGCGCCCCAAGAAGAAGCUGAAGUAAACUGUUUGCUUGGUGCUUUCUGUGGGACAUAUGCAGAACUGUUAUGUAAAAUAAACAUUUUUUUUAAAUGGC